GGCACGGCCGUCAGUACCGACUGCCACUGACACAAUCUAAUCCGAACCGAACCGAAGGAUUUACUUUCUUCAAGCUUUCAUUUCCUGCCGUCCUUUAUUUUAAUCAGCUGAAACAAUGGCGGACACUCAGGUGGACUCCGGCUCGGACAUCUCCGCCAAGGACCUGAAGGAGAAGAAGCUCGCUGAGGAGAAGGAGAACGGGAAAGACGCUGCCACCAACGGAAAGGAGAACGAGGAGAACGGGGAGCCUGAGGUAGACGAGGAGGAGGAAGAGGAGGUAGACGAAGAGGAUGACGGAGAAGGUGAUGAGGAGGACGAGGAGGAGGAAGACGAGGAUGAGGACGACAUCGAAGGCGGAACAAAACGGGCAGCUGAGGACGACGACGAGGACGACGAGGACGACGUGGAAACCAAGAAGCAGAAGACCGACGACGACGAUUGAUGCGUCUGGCGCCGGCGCCGCCCUGCUGAACCACUUCCUGGUUCUUCACCUCUGACCUUUGAAGCGUCACAGGUGGAGGGGCUGGAGGACUGAUCUAAAGAAAAUAAUAAAUAAAAAUAAAAAACAACAACAUGGUCAUUAGCAAGUAGAGUUCAACAAGCAUCACCACAGGCCCCGCCCCCUUCAGCUGCAGGUAAAUUAUCCAGAGGACAUCCCCGCCCAGAACCCGGCUUCUCUUCGACAACAACCCCAACGGAGGAUUUGUUUGUAUUUUUAUUUACAUUUUAUAUUUUUGUACAUAUUGUUAGGAGGGGUCCGUUUCUCUCGGCAGCAGAACCCGUCAGAACCGGUCGGUGCUUCUUCGCAGGUUUUACUUGGUUGACCAUGUCCAGGAUCCACAGAAAACUUUAAAAAUUAAAAAUCGAACUCAGAGCAUUCCAGAAAAUUUCAUGUUUGUACGUCGGCAUAACGGUGUGUGGGAGGAGCCUCGGGUCUUUGAUCUUUGUUUUUGUUUUCUGACGGCCUGUUUUGAUGUACGUGAGAAGUUUGUUGUUUGACAAUAAACCGGACUUUUAUUUUGUGAGUUGUA